ACACACUGAACGCCUGAGAUUUUCACCAGCAUCAUGCGGCUCCUGCUACUCCUCGUCUCCUCCUUGGCCGCCCUCGGUUACGCUGAGCCAGACUACGGCGCAGCACCAGUUCACACUCUGCCAGGAAAGGUCCCUGUCCACACCCUGCCUGCAAAGUUACCUGUCCAGACCCUACCCGGAAAGGUCCCUGUCCACCCAUUGCCUGUACAUGCCCCUGUCCAGACCUUGCCUGGAAAGUUACCUGUACAGACCCUACCCGGAAAGGUCCCUGUCCACACCCUGCCCGGAAAGCUUCCUGUUCAAACCCUGCCUGGACAUGUUCCUGUCCAGACCCUGCCUGGAAAGCUCCCUGUUCAUUCCCAGCUAACCAGACCGCACGUGUCCCCGCUUCGCCCUCAGCUGGGAUUAAGUUACGGCUCCAGAGCAAGCUGCCGGGGAAGGUGCCCCGCCUCUCUCUCUGCUCGGGCAAUCUGCUGCAGGCGCUGGGGGUCCUGCUGCACCAACAGGCCUUACUAUGGCUAGUCAACACAUUACUGCCCCAAUGAUGACCCUCCCUCUGGACUGAAUUCUGGAUACGAAGAAAACUCCUCACCUGUGAAGAUGGAGGGAGUGCUGGGUGGAGAGAAGCCUUGUGCUGGACUGUUACAUAAAGUAGUUAAUUAAGAAUAGUUCCCCAACAGCCAGGCAGAUUCAUCAAGGUCUGUUACUGUGUUUCUCCUGAGUAUUAAUGCAAACUUGUAAGCAUCGGGGACUCAAAAUGUCUUUCUUGUAUUUAUGGGUAAAUUUUGUAGACUUUUCUAGUUUGUAAAAUGUCAGGUAGACGAUUUUUUCUUUGCAUCUUUUCUAGUUCUAAUUACUUUUUUUUUAACACUUUUGAUAUUCUAUUAAGCAAAACCUUAGUUCUAACUUCAGGUGGCUGAUUCGUAACCAUAUCCUUGUGAAAUAAAUUAUAGUGCAGU